AAAGCCUUGGUUCUUCUGACUGAAGAAGUCUGUUGGAUGGGAAAGCAUCUACAUAAACUACAUCGUGUGUCUGGAGACUGAGAGGGAGGAGAGAUCCUUGGGAUGGUUAUUCGACGGAGCUCCGUCGAAUGGUUUGAGAAAGCCUGUUAUUAAGAAUCAGUUGUCGAUCACUUCCAGUGAAACGUCGUUUGCUGAUUCUUGAUCUGUUUCUGGAAGUGAAAUGGGGGUCACUGCUGCACAUAGUGAUUCCCUUGAGGGCUGUGCGAAAAGAAUCUUUGCCCACCGAGAUUUUCCUUCAGGCUGCGGGAGAAAAAACUUAUUAAGUGGAAAACUUCCAAAGAGAAGAAUCUCAGCUAUCCGAAAUUUUCCCCCAGGCUGUGGAAGAAAAGCUUGUCUUUUCAUGGCGAAAAUGAACCCUUCUGCUGAGACAGUCAGGGAUGAUGUCAAGCAAGUAAGAGAGAAAGUUCUUGAUGAGGAUCCUUCCAGUAUUGGAUUGAAAGAAAAUAUUGUCAGAGGACUAGCAGAUAAAGUUGAAGUAGAAUCUGUGGGGGAUGUUGGGAAAGUAGAGCAAGUUCAAGUCAGAACACCUUCUGGUGGUAAUUUGGAACUGGAAGAUCCCCAACAAACUAGUGUUAGGCUUGACUGGAAGAGUAAUUUGUACCAGCCAUCCAUUAAAAAUAUUGAAGGAAAUGUUAGCAGUUUGAAGGGAAAACUGGCGAAGGAAAGUGUGGAACGCUGCAAGAAGAUAGCUUUUCCUGGGGAGUCUGGAGAUAAAAAUGAUGCUUUUAGUAAAUGCACUAGAGAAAAAUCCAUUGGUUUAGCUUCUUCAGGUAAGAAGGUUCCUUGGCACCCUUCGAUGGCUGCAUUAAACCGUGCAAGGAUACAUGGGGAACACAGCCCAAGAUCUAACCUGGGCAGUAAUUCAAGUAGAGAUAAUGUGAAGAAGCAUGAACUCAAGGUGAAGAAAACUGCUUUGGAUCCUUCAGAUAACAGGGUGAUUGUGCAAGCUCUGAUGGCUGCACCAAACUGUCCAUGGAGGCAGGGAAGACGAAAAAUUAAACGUACCUGACUUACAUUUAGAAACAAUGCAGAAAAGCUUGAACUCAUGGUGCUUAUCAAAUUUAUGCCCUUUCAGUGAAGAGGUGGUGGAAUCAGAAAAUUCGAAAGGGUAUCCAUAAACAAGACACUGAGGGCUGAGCAACAUACGGUAGAUCACAUGGCCAUUUUCCAGUUGUGGAAUGAAAGUUGCACAUAACGAUUCAUCAUGGAAUUUUUUGAUUACAAAAUGUAGAUUUCGUUAUUCAUUGCACAACUGGGCAUUUUUCUGAAAGUUCAACAUGUAAGUCACAGAUGCGGAAAUGCUGCUUAUCAAAAUAUGUUAGUCUCUGAUGUACUUUCCUGCAGGAGAUUUUCCCCAGAUUUUUUUUGAAAAUAAUAUUCGUUUGGUGGAGUCUCAUGCAA